AUCGGAACGAGAAUCAACAAUGAAAAAUAUUUGAGAGAGCAUCUAGAGGUGGAGGCCUUAAUAAGUGACUUUUUAAGGUUUGUUAAUUGGCUGGCACUGGUUGACGGUAAAUAUUCAGACAUAUUAUUCUCCUUCUCCAUGAGGGCUCUCAAGCACUCUAGCUCCAGAAAUUAAUAACAAAUACAAUUCUGUUUCAUAUUUAGCUACAGUAAUGAAGUCUAACUGGCCAGUUGCUUGGGUACCUGCUUCUUGUUUUUUUACAGAGAUGUAUUUCUCAAAAGACCCACAGACAUUCGAGAGUUCGCAGCAGGUGGGUUCAGCCAACACAAACUGACACGCACACAAAGAUACAAACAGACAGGGACAGUCCUCUACUUUGAACUACCAAUAAUGAACAUAAUAUUUUCUCUCUUUCAGAUUACUUUACCAACCCAAACCUUUGUAUGAUCAUUGGCUCCAAACUGCAGGGCGGUCCUGCCGACACAGGCACAGACUGA